GUUAUUAGUAGUAUUAGAGCAGAAGUGCAGCAGCAGGUGCAGCAGCAACUGCAGCAGCAACAAACAAUACGGCAGCAGCAACAACAAGUGCAGCAACUGCAGCAAACACUGCAGCAGGAGCAGCAGCAGCAAAAGCAGCAGAAGCAAACUCUCAAUCAUCACAAAGGCAGCAACUUGCUGUCGCAUGUCCAGACUGUCCUAUGCAUUACUGCUGCUGCAUUUGCUGCUGCUGCUGUUGCUGCUGCUGCUGCUGUGCGCACAGCACUACAGAAGGGGACAGUACAGGUUUUAUUUUAUUCAAUUCCUGCUGAGGGUGUUCCUGGUGCUCCUGACGAAGCUGGAGGGAGCGAACCAACAACAGCCCUUAUACAGAGUCUUUCUAUAUCUGCUCAUGAGAAUGACCUUUGUUGUUUAUGCCUAAGUAAUGAUGGUUCCCUCUUAGCCUCUGCCUCUGUUAAGGGAACUCUUGUUCGUAUUUUUUCUUCUGCCUCUGGACAAUUACUUAAAGAAGUCCGAAGGGGUGUAAAUCCCGCAUUAAUUACUUGUCUUUGUAUUAGCCCCUGCAACAGUCUCCUAGCUGUCUGCAGCAACACGGGGACUCUGCAUCUAUAUCGUCUAGGGGAGGGGGAGGUAGCUGCUGCUGCUGCUGCUGCUGCAGCUGCUGCAGCAGCAGCAGCAAUUACACCACCUGCUGCUGCGCAUGCAGGCGCAGCAGCACCAACAUCCACACGCAUCACCAGCAGCAGCAGCGCAACAAGGGAGACGGUUGCAUCAGCAACCAGCUACAACCCGCUGACUGCUGCUGCUGCUGCUGCUGCUGCUAACGCACAAGGAGACAGCAGCAGCAACGCCAGCAAUAGCAGCAACAGCAGCAGCAGCAGCAGCAGCAGCGGGGGCUCAAAUGUACGCAGCUCUUGGCCUCUACUCGCUAAGAUUUCUCCUUACUUUCAAUCUGAAUGGAGUAUGGCACAAUUUAAGUUCCAUUUUACGGAGAACUUCGCGGCGGUUUGUGCCUUCGGUCAAGAACCGCAAACCCUCUUGGCUCUAACAGCAGAUGGGUGUUUUUAUAAAUUAAAGUAUGAUGUUGUUAAUGGGGGUUUAAUGACUCGCGAUACAUUCUUACGUUUAGCUGCUGAUGAGACGGUGUAA